AUGGCUGAUGAGCAGAGGGACUUAGUUGUACCUGACCCCCUCCCUCUUAACUUACACUUCGCCCCCACAGCGUACAAUACACCAUCAUGUGUACGACUACCCACGAUCACGGCUAACAACUAUGAGAUUAAGCCUGGGAAUGCCAAACAUUGGCUUAGUACUUUGCCAGCUAAUUCUAUAACAUCUUGGGCGCAAAUGAGUGCGGCAUUCCUUAAGAAAUUCUUCCCCAUAGGAAAAACACUCAGACUUCUGCAGGAGAUUACCACUUUCCAACAAGCUGAGAACGAACAGUUCUAUGAAGCUUGUGAGAGAUAUGGGGAUAUCAUCCGUAAGUGUCCGCACCAUGACGUACCUAAGUGGCAAUUAGUACAGAGUUUUUAUUCCGGGCUACUUCUACCGCAUCGUGUGAUGGUUGAUGCCUCGUGUGGAGGCUUUGUGAUGGUUAAGAGUGAACAGGAAGCCUGGCAAUUGUUUGAAACUAUGAGCGAAGGGUCCCUACAAAAUGUUUCUUUUGAGAGGAGAACUAAGUCAGUCAUUACUGGUUCUGAUAACCCAGGAGGUAUGUAUGAGAUUAAACCAUCUCAUGACCUCCAGUCUAAAGUAGAUGCACUGACUGAGAAAGUUGAACAGCUUCUCACCAAGGGAUCGGCCACCUCACAGCCUCCACCUUAUCAGGAGGCAUGUUCUUUAUGUGCUAGUCCGGCCCAUUAUAUUGUUGACUGUCCUGCAAUACCACAAUUCCCUUUGUUUGUGCAAAAACAGGUUAACGCUGCACAAGGGUAUGCCAAUGCGCAGGGUUUCUCCAAACCAGGUAAUGAUCCUUUUUCCACUACUUUUAAACAGGGAUGGAGCAAACAUCCCAAUUUCUCAUGGAAGACGGAACAACAGGGCAAUAGUUUCGCCCAACAGCCUAGGCCGUUUAACACUCAGUUUAACCCUGCGGCCUAUCUCUCACAGAACCAGCAGCAAGCACCUUCCCAAUCCUCACGGGAUCCAUCCUUUGAGGAAAAGGUGCUACAAGCGCUUGACAAACUAAAUAACACCCAACAACAGGUGCGUACCAACACACAGUCCAUCGCGAGGUUAGAAACCCAAGUGGGUCAAAUAGCCAAUGCGCUAAGUCGUACGGAAGAGUAG